AUGGUUCACGGACCGUGUGGACAACUCAACCGCAACAGUCCGUGUAUGUUGGACAACAGUUGUUCAAAGAAGUAUUCCAAAGAAUACAGUGAAGAGACUCUGUACAUUUCUGAUAAUGGUUACCCGACUUACCGCAGACCGAACAAUGGGCUUGUGGCAAACGUCAGAGGUCACCCUGUCGGCAAUGAGUUUGUUGUCCCGUACAACCCGUACUUGCUGGUUAAGUAUGACGCACACAUAAACGUUGAGGUGUGCUCUACUGUGAAGAGCGUAAUGUAUUUGUAUAAAUACGUAUACAAGGGCCAUGACGCGGCUACCUUGGAAAUUCGGAAUGGAGACGAAAUAGAUAAUUACAUAAACUCGCGGUACGUCAGUCCGCCAGAAGCUGUUUGGAGGUUGUUUUCGUAUGAAAUGCAUAACAAAAGUCAUACCAUCGUUAGACUUCCCGUCCACCUGGAAAACUAUCACAACGUGUACUUUGAACCCGGACAGGUAUUAGAGCGAGUACAAAACGCCGCCCUGGCUCGAACUAAACUCACGGCUUUCUUUGCGCUCAACGCCAUCGAUGUCGAGGCUAGACAAUACCUGUACCACGAGAUACCGGUACACUACACUUGGAACGUGACACGCAGAUCAUGGGCGCGACGGCAAAGACAGAUGACGUACGAGACGUUGGCUCGAAUGUACGUCGUCAACCCACUUGAUCGAGAUCGUUUUCAUUUGAGAUUGCUACUUCUGCACAAGAGAGGUUCACAGUCUUUCCGCGAUAUGAGGACAGUAGACGGGGUGGUGCAUCCAACCUAUGCGGCUGCAGCCGUCGCAAUGGGACUUUUGGAAGACGACCGAGCUUUGCGGGUUUGCAUGGCAGAAUCGGCAACAUUGGACACUCCAGUUCAGCUUCGUUACCUAUUUGUGACGAUACUGUUGUUUUGCGAGACCGCAAACCCGCUGGCGUUGUACCAAGUCAGCGAAGCUCACAUGAUGGAGGACUUUAAUCAGCGAUUGAGAGAGACGAGCGCGCUAGAGCGGCGUGUCUCAACGCCAUCGCGCAGUUACUUCAGGUUCACGGGAAAUCGCUCUCGGACUACAGUUUACCUCUAUUGGACGUCGCAUUGCUAG